AUGUUAAUUACAAUUAAUUGGAAUUGGACUGGAAGAAGUGCUCCAGCUAGCAAGGUCCUUAAUUUGAUAUCCGUAGGUGGAAAACGCGGUAGAGGAAGCCCGCAUCUUCGACGGAAGAACCAGGUUACAAACGAUUUUGGUGCGCUUGGUACUACCAACUCGAUACAACAAGUCAUUGAUCGAGCUGGUUGUCGGAAGCUACUUGACACGGCCAAGGAUGACUCACGUCUAUUAAUAAUACUUAUGGCGAUGGGUCUUGGCGCUCUAUACAUGUUACACAUGCUUGCGGAGGACUACAAUAAAAUACGCCAGCCUAUAGCUGCUGCUCGUGCCGCAACGCAAGCGCUAAUGACGGCAAGUGCCACAUUGGCACGCGGUAAACGUGGACUGCCUACCAGUGAUAAUCAAACAAAUCUAGAUUUAACGACAAGCACUAAUAACUUAAAUAGUUCAAAUAAUGUUAAGCUAAAUAUCGACUGGAAGCGCAUACUUUCGCGAGAUCCGUUUCACUGUCUGCUUUCCUUAAUAUGUCAGCUUGUGUCAGGUGCUGAGCAAGAUUCCAAAGAUGCGACACAGAUAUUGAAAUUUCUAGAAUCGUCAUUGAGUGAUGUGCCGACAAAAAUAAGUCGUGCCUUUAGUUGUGGGCUUGUUUUUCGCGGAGCAACGGAGCGGUGCUAUAAUGAAUAUCCAUUUUGUAUAUAUUCAGCAAAAACAAUGCUAAGAAUCCUCAAGUGGUUUUUAAGUUCUUCUACAGAUCCAGAAUAA